GAAGUUUGGACGGGCGGCGCCGUGCGGGGCCGUGCGGUGCCGCUGCCCCAUCGCCAGCAAGGAGAGAGCAGCCCCGGGACAGGUCUGUUGCUCAGGCCAGCCUGUUGCAAGGAUGGGGCCCCUGGAAGCAGUAGGCAGAGAAAACCAGACAGAUGAAAUGCAGGUGGAGCUGUUCACCAAACUGUACUUGCCUCAAUACACCACACCGCUCAAUGAAUUAGCUCUGGACCCUAAACCAGAACUGAAGGACAGCACAACACUAGUUGAAGUGCAGAUAAUCCUCAUCUUUGCUUACUGCUCCAUCAUCCUGCUGGGGGUGAUCGGCAACUCCCUCGUUAUCCACGUGAUCAUCAAGUUCAAAAGCAUGCGCACGGUGACUAACUUCUUCAUUGCCAACCUGGCAGUGGCAGACCUGCUGGUGAAUACACUGUGCCUGCCCUUCACUUUGGUUUACACACUGUUGGGAGAGUGGAAACUGGGUCCGGUGUUGUGCCACCUGGUGCCUUAUGCCCAGGCUCUUGCUGUGCAUGUGUCUACUGUAACUUUGACUGUGAUCGCUUUGGAUCGCCAUCGCUGCAUUGUCUACCACCUGGAAAGCAAAAUCUCUAAGCGGAUCAGCUUCCUGAUUAUAGGAGUUGCCUGGGCAGUCAGUGCCCUGUUGGCAAGUCCUCUGGCCAUCUUCCGUGAGUAUUCAUUGAUUGAGAUAAUUCCUGACUUCAAGAUCGUGGUCUGCUCUGAGAAAUGGCCAGGGGAGGGGCAGCUGAACUAUGGCACUGUUUACAGCAUCUCCAUGCUCCUGAUCCAGUACGUGCUGCCUCUGGCAGUCAUCUCCUAUGCCUACGCCCGUAUUUGGACCAAGCUCAAGAACCACGUGAGUCCUGGGGCUGGGAAUGACCACUACCACCACCGGCGGCGGAAAACCACCAAGAUGCUGGUGUGUGUGGUUGUAGUGUUUGCUGUCAGCUGGCUGCCAUUUCACACCUUCCAGCUCGUCAGUGACAUUGACAGUCAGGUGUUAGACCUGAAAGAGUACAAACUGAUCUACACAGUGUUCCACGUCAUUGCCAUGUGCUCAACGUUUGCUAACCCCCUUCUAUAUGGUUGGAUGAAUAGCAACUACAGGACGGCCUUCCUCACGGCUUUCCAGUGUGAACAGCGACUGGACUCCAUCCACCCUGAAGUAUCAGCAGCUUUGAAAGCCAGGAAGAAACUAGAAGCGAAGAGGAUUCAGUUCCCCGGAGACUCUUUCACACAACCUACCAAUGUCUAAGAAACCUGACUUUAAAGAGGAAACAAAAUUCGUUUUGACACAUGCAUUUUUAAUGCAUAGUUCUAUUCAUUAAUGGUGAAAGAAAAGUAGUAUGAAAGUCAAGGCAAGUGGUCUGAUUUGAGGGGGAGUUGAUUGGCAUAAAGAGUAUGUAAAUAUACAACUCCAAGGAAAUAAAAGGGAGAGACCUUGUUUAUGGCUGUCUCUGACAGGGUAAGAGACACUCCCGUCCCUCCCAUCUCUUCUUCAUAAGUCUUAAUGACAAAGGCAAAGUUUGCUGGGCAAGUGGCUGACGUGUAGCACAGGAAUAUGAACGGUGGCAGCAGGUAAUUUUUAUGUAGCAUAUGGAGAUCAGGGAGAGCAGAAGCCUGGCAGGAAAAUAAAGCCUGCUGGGGGGAAUGGGCUGUGCUAGUUAAAGCAAACUUUUCAAACCCCUUCUCUCCCGCAGGUAUCUUUUAUGAAGAUAAGGGAAUUAAGAAGAGAAAUAUGUUACUGUUUUUUAUGUGUACUGAAGUACUUCAAACCAGUGCAUUUUGCAUGGAUUAGGGGAAAUAAAAAGAGUAAAAAAGCCAAACAACCUACAAAAAACUAAACCACAGAUUCAAUAUGAGGAAAGAUUGAGUUUCUUACUCGGUUUUGGCCAGUCAGAUGGGGUAAAAAGUCUUUCCUUAUGAAUCUGCUGUGGUUAUGCUGGUGAGAAAAUCACAAGCUUGUGACCUGAUCAGUCAUUCCCUGCAGAUCCCUCCCUGCCUUUCAUUCUGUGCUGGGCACAGUUCACAACACAGUGCUUUAAAGUGGCAUUUGAGGGCAGGGUAUGCAGGUUAAGGUCUUCUUUGAGCACUUCAUAAACUGCCAAUAUUUUAAUUUUCAGGACCUGCUUAAAUGUCUAACGUGUUAUUAACUCCACAGGCUUUGAAUUGUUGCUGCUUUCUCCCUGGAUAAUAAAACAGCAGAUAAUUUUGAUUCUCUGGAGAGGCUUCUAGAUGGUAAUGUGCUUUUCCUGUAUUGUGGUUUUAUGUCACACACUCGUCUUGGAGCUUUUUCUGUCUUUAGCCUUUGUAAAAAUUAAGGACAUUUGAACGACUGUAGCCUAAUAACCGUAUGCUAGGUUUAUGUGAUAACUUAUCAGUUACUCUGCAUGCUGUAGUGAAUAGUUAAAUUCCUUUUUUCUCAGGUAUAAAAUUUUAAUCUGUUUACUGUGUUGUACACAGCAAUGUUCAACUAUUCUGUGUCUUUGUUUAGCCUCUUUGAACUCAUUUAAGAUACGAAGAAAAUUUAAAUCCAUGUUUAUUCCAAGUUGCCCUAUUGCUUAUCUAGAAUAAAAAUAAGCAUGAUACUUACACUUGGAAUCUUUUUCUACAGCUACAUUUCAUCUGCCUCAUUUUUUUCUCUCCAUUUUAUAUCGUUCCUAAAUUCAUUGUGUUUUGUCUUAAAAAUGAAAAAACAACAACACUCCAGUACUGAAGUGUUAGCAAUGUAAUGAAUGGUAUCAGAUCUUUAUCAGGUGGAGAAAUUAAUCUUUGUGUAUGCACUAUUUGGCACCAUUCUUUAAAUAUCCAUGAAAUCAUUUGGACUUAGUUUUUUGUGAACAGAGAAGGGAGGUCUGGAGAAUUAGCUAGUGUUUACUCAAGCAAGAAAAAGUAUCCAUCAUUUUUAAAGAGUUUUACAAAAAUAGAUUAAUUCUCAAACAUGCUUAGAGCGUAAUAUUGUCCAUUAGUUAUUUUUGUCUGAGUAUUAAUAAUAUUCAAAAUUUAAGCUCAAAAUUGUUAUGGGUGAGGAAGGAUUACAGAAGUGUGCAAUUAUUAUGGGCAUCAAUCAUAUAUAUUGGUUACAAUUGACUCUGAACCCUUAAUCAAAAGUGUUAUUGCCCAAAAUAGCCUCCUUUAUUUAAUAAGCAAAUGGUUUAAAACUUCUGUUUCAACUCUUUUAAGCCUGUUUGAGUAUGGUAUAUAUACAAUUUUGGAGUAACUAUGACAGUGUGUGCUAAAGCUACAGUUGCCAACCUAAUUCUCUGUAAAUUUAAGUCUACUUUACAUCA